AUGUCGACCCAGCAGUCAAACAACGACUCACAGAACGACACAUUGUUCGAGUCCCAGAUGACAGGCUUCACAGAUGCACCUAUGCUGCCUCACUUAAGAUCCAAUGCAUCGUCGCAGUCCGAGGAGAACAGACGCCUGCAUCAGGAUCACAAGACAAUCAAGCGCGCCAUCGACCGAAUCAACCAAGAAUCAUCCUCUGCAUUUGCCUCGCUGCACGAGAAAACGAGCAAGUUGAACCUCAGUGUCAGCGAUGUGCACUCGGACCUGAAAAAGUUAGAGCGAGCUGUCAUUUUCGAAAAUGACUCCAUGCGUCCGAGCACGGUGGACAUGGAAAUAAAGCUGGGAAAUAUCGCCCGAGGACUGGAGACAAAGCUGCUUUCCGGGUUAUCCCAACAGAUUUCGAGCGCAAUUGACGGCAAGCUAAAGAACUUGUUUGCUAGCCUAGAAAAUAAGCUGUUGAAACAAAAUUCAAGCAACCGCCGAGAGCAAGAAAACAUAUGCAGCGUCCGGACAUCUGUCGAAGAGCUCAAAUCUAUAAUUGAAGGGGUUCAAAGAGAUAUCAGCGAGCUCUGCGAGACCGUUGAGGCUGUCAAACAAAAUACUCAGGCCUCCUCUGCCAUUGACCUUUCAGGACACCGAGUCAAGAGGUCGCGACAGCAUUGCAAUGGAUAUCAACCAACUGGUUCCUAUGGAUCUCGGGAACCAGCUUCAACUGCCGCUGCCUCUUUUGAAGGAAACAUGCUUCAGCGCAUGAAUAUUCCUGAAAUGACAUCAGUCGAUAAGAAUGAAAGUAUCCCAAGCAACUUGUGCGUCACCAUCUGGAGUAGUGUCAACGAGAUGCGUACGUCUUGCGGAAAUGCGUUUUUCAUUGCCGAUGCAAUGAGGAGCGUUGACAGACAGUGGUCGUACGCGCUAGUCGACGGCUGGCCCACCGCGUCAGAGAACGUAGCGAGUGAGACGUCAUCGUCUGCAUCCAAGCGCAAAAAGAUUUAG